AUGCUUUGUGCCAUCUCCGGAGAGGCGCCACAAGUGCCCGUCGUCUCUGUCAAGAGCGGCAAUGUUUUUGAGAAGCGCCUUAUCGAGGCAUACAUUGCAGAGCAUGGCAAAGACCCUGUCAAUGGCGAGGAGCUCACCACCGACGAUCUGAUCGAUGUCAAGUCGCAGCGCGUUGUCCGACCCCGACCUCCUACUCUCACAUCCAUCCCGUCUCUUCUCAAUGUAUUCCAAGAAGAAUGGGAUGCCCUAGCACUGGAAACCUACACUCUGCAGCAGAACUUGGCACAGACAAGGCGCGAGCUGAGUUCGGCGCUCUACCAGCACGAUGCCGCGGUACGGGUGAUUGCACGUCUGACACAGGAGAGGGACGAGGCCCGUGAGGCGCUUUCAAAUGUCACGGUCGGCGCCACUCGCUCUGGUGGUGAGGCUAUGCAGGUGGACUCCACAGGCUUACCCCAAUCUGUGUUGGAGCGGAUUGAAAGUACACAUGCAGCGCUAUCUAAGACCCGUCGUAAGCGCCCAGUUCCCGAGGGCUGGGCCUCAAGUGAGGCAAUUUCCACAUUCAACCCAACUGAGACCUCUGAACCUCUUUCUUCCGGUGGUCGAGCUCUAUCUCUCAAUUCGACUGGCGAUUUGGCUCUUAUUGGCGGUGCUGAUGGAGUGGUGGGUGUUUACUCGCUUUCCCAGAAGAGCGUGGUGCAGACUCUCAAGACAGAUGGUCCAGUCACCGGUGCGACUUGGGCAGGCAACAAGGUCGUUGUUGGCUCAUCUACAGGUUCCGUCAAGGUAUUCGAGAAUGAUGCUGAAGUUGCAAGCUUCAACUCGCAUGCUGGUGAGGUGACAGCUGUCGCAGUUCACGCCACUGGUGACAUUGCCGCAUCUGUUGGUGUCGACAAGAGUUAUGUACUUUACGAUCUUGCCACGAACACUGUGGUAUCUCAGGUCUUCAGUGACGCCGCUUUACUGUCUGUCAAUUUCCACCCGGAUGGUCACUUGAUUGGAGCCGGCACCGCAGAUGGACAAGUCAAGAUCUUCGACGUCAAGACUGGCGCUGCCGCUGCAGACUAUGCGAUGUCGGGCCCGGUCAAAUGCCUUUUCUUCUCUGAGAAUGGCACUUUCUUGGCUGCGGUGGCCGAACAGUCUACCACCGUUUCGAUCUGGGAUCUACGCACUUCGAAGGAAACCAAGGUGCUGGACACAGGUAGCCAAAUUAAUUCGAUCUUCUGGGACUACACUGGCCAGUUCCUCCUGGUUGGUGGACCUGGCGGUGUGACCGUGAAGCAAUAUUCCAAGGCCAACAAGGAAUGGUCAGAACCUUUGCGGCGUGCAGUGCCUGCUACCUCAGUUGCUUGGGGUCCUGCUGCUCAAAGUAUUGUGGCAUUGAACGAGGCGGGUGCUCUCACAGUGCUUGCGGCCCAGUCAUGA